AUGUCAGAUACAGCCUCUACAGUUCCUGCCGGCCAUACCCUUCAGCGUAAUCUGAAGGCCCGUCAUAUUCAAAUGAUUGCUCUUGGCGGCACAAUUGGUACUGGUCUGUUUAUGGCCUCUGGUAAAUCUAUCUCCAUGGGCGGUCCCGGUGGAGCAUUGGUUGGUUAUGCCAUCGUUGGAAUUCUCGUAUUUUGCGUAAUGAUGAGUCUUGGUGAAAUGGCUGCCUAUAUUCCUGUUUCUGGCUCUUUCUCUCACUUUGCCACCCGUUUUGCUGACCCCUCCCUCGGCUUCUGCGUCGGUUGGGUCUACUGGGCUAACUGGGCUAUCGGUGUAGCUGUCGAAUUGACAGGUGUUGCGAUGAUUAUGGAAUACUGGAUAGACAGUGUUCCGACCGUUGUCUGGAGUAUCAUCUGCCUUGUCAUUCUUCUGUCUAUCAACGUAUUCUCAGUCAAAGGUUACGGUGAAAUUGAAUAUUGGUUUUCUCUCAUCAAGAUCAUUACAGUAAUUAUCUUUGUAAUCGUCGGUAUCUGUGUUGACACUGGUGCAGUCGGCGGAAAUCACAUUGGCGUCACCAACUUCCAUCUCGAGGGCGGUGCAUUCCCAUUCGGUUUCCUUGGCGUUUUCAAUGUGUUCCUCACAGCAGCUUUUGCCUUUAACGGUGUCGAAAUCGUUGGUAUCACUGCUGGUGAGUCCAUGAACCCCCACAAGACUGUCCCGGCCGCUGUCAAACAAGUUUUUAUCCGUAUCGUUCUGUUCUACAUCCUCUCUAUCCUCGUCAUCGGUCUCGUCAUCCCUUACACUGAUCCCAACUUGCUCAAGGGUUCUAGCAGUGUCUCCGUCAGUCCUUUUACUCUCGUGUUCGAAAAGGCCGGUGCGUCCUGGGCUGCCGAUGUGAUGAAUGCCAUUAUCCUCAUCACCAUGAUCUCGGCCGGUAACUCGGGUGUCUACUCCUCCAGCCGUACACUGCUCGCACUUUCCCAAGAUGGCUACGCUCCUCGAUUCUUUAUGCGUGUCAACCGGUUUGGUAUUCCAUUCUGGUCGGUCUUGGCCACCUGUUCGAUUGGUUGCCUGGCCUUCUUGACAAGUCUGUUCAGUUCUGGAGUUGUUUUCAACUGGCUGACUACCUUGACCUCGGUAGCCGGUCUGAUCACCUGGGUAACCAUCUCGAUCACUCACAUCCGAUUCCGCCAAGGCUAUAUCAGCCAGGGCCGUCUGUUGUCCGCACUUCCUUAUGUGGCUCCAUUCUAUCCCUUUGGCGACAUCUUUGUGAUCGUUAUCGGAACAAUCGUUAUCUGCGGACAGGGCUACAAGUCAUUCAUGGCACCUAUCAAGGCCGAGGAUAUUGUUUCAUCCUAUAUUGGCCUGGCCUUUGCCGUCGUACUUUAUGUGGGACACAAAGUGAUUGUCAGACCGUCAUUUGUAAAAGUAGCCGAUAUGGACUUUGAUACUGGAACGAUCAAACAAACUGUAUUCGACAUUCGUGAAGACGAGAAAUUUGCCAGCGAUGGCCUUCCUAUCCCUUGGUGGAAGCGUGUGGGAAAGAAGGCUUUGCAAAUUAUUGCUUGA